GAGGAGUGCUGCCAAAGUUUGGGUCAGAUCGGCUCUUGAAGUAAGCAAGCGCAGUCAAGAAAGACUUGGACACCAAAUAGUCACAGCGCGCUCCAGCUAUAGCCACACGGCUCCCACGCGAAGGACACGAGAGCAGUGCUCUGUAAACCUCUGUCUAUUUAAAAAAAAAAAAUUCUUCCACGGAGUGUCUUUCUGUGAGGCUUCGCUGUUGCAACCCACAUCUGUCAGUAGCCCUGUCUCACCACCAACCAACAUGGAGACUACCACCAUCACCACCACGCAAAUGGCGCAGAACGCAUACACAUUUGGACUGAUGGAGAGGCGCACCACCAUUACUUUGCACGCCCCAGCCCAGGAGUGCGCUCUCCCCAAUGACACCAUUGCAGCCGGUUACCAAAGCAAGACCACGGUGCUGAAAAGACAGCGCUCCAGCUCUCCGGAGCUCCUGCGCUGCAAGCGGCGGCUCAGCUUUAACGGACUCGGCUACUCCAUCCCCCAGCAGCUGCCCGUAGCCGUGGCCCGGCGGAACGAGCGCGAGAGGAACCGGGUCAAACAAGUCAACAUGGGCUUCCAGACGCUGCGUCAGCACGUGCCCAACGGGGCAGCCAACAAGAAGAUGAGCAAAGUGGAGACACUGCGGUCCGCGGUGGAAUAUAUCCGAGCCCUGCAGCAGCUACUAGACGAGCAUGAUGCAGUGUCUGCCGCCUUCCAGUGCGGGGUGCCUUCCCCUACCAUCUCCAACAGCUACUCGGCCGAGCCGGAGUCACCCCACUCCACCUGUUCCUCCGAUGAGGGGAGCUAUGAGCCCCUGAGCUCCGAGGAGCAGGAGCUGCUGGACUUUACCACCUGGUUCGACAGAUACUGAGACACACCCAGGUCGCCUAAUUGUCGUUACCAGCCAACAGCACCAGUGUAUAAACAGGAGCGUAUUCAAUCAAAAGGGACUCAAAGUUGAAAAGAAUGACACGUUAUUUGAUUCACUCUGCAGGCGAGACACCCGUGGACACACUCUUGGCACCGACUUUCUCUCUCUCUCCCAUCGCCAGGCAGCGUCUGCAGGUACAAGGCAAUGAGAUGGGAAAGUAACUCAGAGUUACGGUUGCUAUGCUACAAGAGACAAGAGAGUCGAACUGCGCUUGGGUUCCCUUCGGAAUAACAGGGUAGAGAGACUGUUCGCGCACUCAUGGACAAAGCGUCGAAGGACGAAAGACUGCAGUUCGGUGCGGUGACGCGUGGAAUUACGUCUUUAUCGAUGACUUUGAAUACGAGCAAUUAGUGAAUGAAACAGCAGCUGUGGAGACUGCACAGUAUUUCAGCGGAAGUGCAUGGUUGUGGCUCCCAAGUACUUUGCUGUCAUUGGCAGUUUCACAUGAGAGCAAACCGGCCUAUUUUAACUGCCUGCAUCUGCUGGGAAGAUUGUAUAGAAGAUGUACUUUGGUGCCCAUUGUCCGAAAUUGAAAUUCUUAUUUGUUCAAUAGCCUAUAAAUACUUAUUUUUGUUAAUUGAGAUAAACUAAACAAAGUUCUGCAAUAAUGAAGACUGCCACUUUGCUGACCGUGAGUGCGCAUGAGAUAGCCAUGACUGGACCAGUGGACAGUUAAAUUGGCAAGUAUGUCUGUGUCAAGCCAUUGGUCAGCAAUAGACCUCUACAGCUUCCCGUGAAAGAUUGAAGGGUUUUAUGUGGGAUGGAGACCUUUAUCAAUGUAUGCACUUGCUCUCCGUUUCUCGUAGACUCAUAUGACUCAGAUUUUAACAGAUAUAUUUUGUGU